CAGAGGUAACUCACGCACCCUUGCCUUCAUUACAAUGUCCAAGUCGUCUUCGACCGUUAUACGCCCUCAAGACUACGCUGCCAGCCCCGUCCACUACGCUGUCGCCAUAGGUGAUCACGCCACUCUCAACAAACUGCUUUCUUCUUUGCCCAAACUGUCUGACCCCACUCGAAUUCACACCGAAUCCGAAUCUCUCGCCCAAGAACGCCUCUCCGAGAGGAUUUCCACCGCCAUUGACCGCCGGGAUAACAGCCUUAAAGAAACCCCACUUCACCUCGCCGUCUGCCUCAACGACGCCGCUGCCGCUCGCGCACUUGCCGCCGCCGGAGCCGAUAUUUCUCUUCAGAACGCCGCCGGAUGGAACCCCCUCCAGGAAGCACUCCUCCGUCGAUGCCCGGCGAUCGUUUCCGCACUAGUCCAGCACCACCACCUAGCCGCUUGGGCGAAGUGGCGGAGGCGACUCCCUCGCCUCGUCGCAGCCCUUCGUCGGAUGCGCGAUUUCUACAUGGAGAUCUCCUUCCAUUUCGAGAGCUCCAUCGUGCCAUUUGUCGGUAAAAUCGCUCCGUCCGACACUUACAAAAUCUGGAAGCGCGAGGGCAACCUACGCGCCGACACCUCUCUCGCCGGCUACGACGGCCUCAAAAUCCAACGCGCCAACCAAAGCUUUCUUUUCCUCAACGAUGUUAAUUACAACAAUGCUCUCGACAUCGACAUACCCCAAGGCUCCCUCCUCAUCCUUAACCACGACAAGAAAAAAAUCUACGACGCAUUCGAGAACGCCGGGAAUCCAUUGUCAGACUCUGACAUUGCAAAUUUCUGUAACCAAACCAGCGUUUAUCGUCCUGGAAUGGACGUCACGAAAGCGGAACUAAUCGGCCGUACGAAUUGGAGAAGACAAGAGAAAAUGGAAAAUGUGGGGGCGUGGAAAGCUAGUGUUUACGAAAUGCACAAUGUAAUCUUUAGUUUCCGUUCGCGAAAAGUGAACGCCGCAGAGAAUAGAGAUGACCCAUUUUCUCCAACUUGCAUUUUGCCGUUGGAGAUCGACGAGGAGUCAGACGAGGGCUUUAUUGUGGCGGAGAAUCCAAGAUUCAGCGUGUCCACGGAUAGGCAACGGCGGCACAGCAGUUUCGUGAGGGAGGAUAGAGAAUUCGUGACAGUAUCCCGGCAAAGCGUGGACAUAAUUCCGGUUGAUUCAAAGAGAAGAACACCGCCGCCGUGUAAGGUUGACAGACUUGUGGCGCCACCGCAGACUAAGGACAAAGAAUACACUAAGAGCCUGCGACCAAUGGUUUGGUUGACGGAACAGUUCCCUCUGAAGACGGAGGAGUUGCUGCCGUUACUCGAUAUUUUGGCGAACAAGAUCAAGGCCGUUAGGCGAAUGCGGGAAGUGAUGACGACGACGUUUCCACCGGGGACAUUUCCCGUAAAGGUGGCAAUCCCUGUAGUUCCUACAGUGAGAGUGGUAAUGACAUUCACAAAAUUUGUUGAGCUGAAGCCAGUUGAAGAUUUCUACACUCCACUGUCAAGUCCAAGGCAAUUUGCUGCAAAUGCAAGAAGCAGUGAAGAUGAGAGUAGCACCAGUGCCAGUGGUGAUAAUAGCAAUUACUUAUCGUCGUGGUUGAGGGGUGGCCGCCACCAAAAGAGUAGUAAUAGUGGUGGCAGGCAGGCGGUGGAUCCAUUCGCGAUCCCGAGUGGUUACAGUUGGAGUAGUUUUGAUGAGAAGUUGAAGAAACUGAACAAGUCCAAGUCUACCAGGAAAACAAAAUGAACAAUGAACAAAACGAAUGCUUAGAUAUCAUGUCUUUAUGGUUUGGAGAUUAUAAUGUUGUAUAAAAGUUGCUAAAUUCUUGAGAAUUUCUUGUGAUAAGCAAAGCAAAGAUGAUGUUGUUGUACUUGUGUAGAUUGGGGACUUGUGGAGGUCCAAGUGGGAAGUGGGAGAAUGAUGAAACUUACCAAACAUCGUUAAAUCGUAGAAAAAACCAACUAGUUGUUCUUAGAAUAGGUUACGGGUUGUCUCGAUAAAUUGUUCAAUGGAGCUGUGGAAUUUGUGUUAAUUUUGGAAUGAACAGGGGGAAACUCUUGUUUGCAGUGAAAGCAAGCAUGCAUUUUCCCGUAGAGUGCCUAUCUCUCUCUCCCUCCCCUUUUUUAGAUUGAUGAAGAAAUGUAUCUUUAAUCCCUUUUUA